AUGUUUAAUUACGAACGUCCAAAACACUUUAUCCAGUCCCAAAACCCAUGUAGCUCCAGACUGCAACCUGCCGGACCUGAAACCUCCAGCUUCUCUAGCCAGACCAAACAGUCUUCCAUUACUAUCCAGCCCCGCCAGUGCACAGAGAAAAGAUUUUGUGCUUCCUCAACAGUGAGCUCUCACAUCACCAUGUCCUCCUCAGCUUUCCCUGCUUCUCCCCAGCAACUCACUGGCUCCAACCAGGGCCAAAGGUUUGCAGCCACCUAUAACCAGUCCCCAGCCAGCUUCCUCAGCUCCAUAUUACCAUCACAGCCUGAUUACAGUAGCAGUAAAAUACCUUCCACCGUGGACUCCAACUAUCAACAUCCUUCAGUUGGUCCACCUGUAAAUGCUAAUCCACCUCAAACUGCAAAUGCUAAGCUCACACCAAGGACUCCUGACCAUGAAAUACAAGGAUCAAAAGAAGCUUUGAUUCAGGAUUUGGAAAGAAAGCUGAAAUGCAAGGACAGCCUUCUUCACAACGGAAAUCAACGACUAACAUAUGAGGAGAAGAUGGCUCGCAGAUUGCUAGGACCUCAGAAUGCAGCUGCUGUAUUUCAAGCUCAAAAUGACAAUGAAGCACAAGACUCACUACAGCACAACUCAGAACAUGCACGACUACAAGUUCCAACAUCACAAAUAAGAAGUAGAUCAUCCUCAAGGGGAGGUGUGAAUGAUCAGGAUGCAAUCCAGGAGAAAUUUUACCCACCACGUUUCAUUCAAGUGCCAGAGAACAUAUCACUUGAAGAAGGAAGAUUCUGCAGAAUGGACUUUAAAGUAAGUGGACUGCCAGCUCCUGAUGUGUCAUGGUACCUAAAUGGAAGACCAGUUCAAUCAGAUGAUUUUCAUAAAAUGAUAGUGUCUGAAAAGGGUUUUCAUUCACUCAUCUUUGAAGUGGUCAGACCUUCAGAUGCAGGGGAUUAUGUAUGUGUUGCUAAGAAUAGAGCAGGAGAAGCCACUUUUACUGUCCAGCUGGAUGUCCUUGCAAAAGAACACAGAAGAGCCCCAAUGUUUAUCUACAAACCACAGAGCAAAAAAGUUUUUGAAGGAGAUUCAGUGAAACUGGAAUGCCAGAUCUCAGCUGUACCUCCACCAAAGCUUUUCUGGAAAAGAAACAAUGAAAUGGUACAAUUCAACACUGACCGAAUAAGCUUGUAUCAUGAUAACUCUGGAAGAGUUACUUUACUGAUAAAAGAUGUGAACAAGAAAGAUGCUGGGUGGUAUACUGUGUCUGCAGUUAAUGAGGCUGGAGUAACCACAUGCAACACAAGAUUAGAUGUUACAGCCCGUCCAAACCAAACUCUUCCAGCUCCUAAGCAGUUACGUGUUCGACCAACUUUCAGCAAGUAUUUAGCACUCAAUGGGAAAGGUUUGGAUGUGAAACAAGCUUUUAACCCAGAAGGAGAGUUUCAGCGUCUAGCAGCUCAAUCUGGACUCUAUGAAAGUGAAGAACUUUAA